GCCGGCUCGGACUCCACCCCAUUCGCCCAUGGCAACGGUUACCAGGAGACGGGAGGCGGUCACCACAGAGACGGGAUGCUCUACCUGGGUUCCACCCGGGCCUCGCUGGCCGAUGCGCUGCCUCUCCACCUGGGGCCGCGGUGGUUCGGCUCGCACAGCGGUUUCAAGUGCCCCAUCUGCUCCAAAUCUGUGGCUUCCGACGAAAUGGAGAUGCACUUUAUCAUGUGUCUGAGCAAACCUCGCCUCUCCUACAACGACGACGUGCUAACCAAGGAUGCGGGCGAGUGUGUCAUCUGUCUGGAGGAGCUCCUGCAAGGAGACACGAUAGCCCGGCUUCCCUGCCUGUGCAUUUAUCACAAAAGUUGUAUAGAUUCCUGGUUUGAAGUGAACAGAUCCUGCCCGGAGCACCCCUCCGAUUGACCCCAGCAAUGCUUGCGGGCCUCUCCUAAGGUCGCCCCGCCCAUCAUCCUUCCCACCUCCAACCUCCUCCAAACGGGCUCUGGAACCCACUGGGAUGACAGUGCAAAGGGGACGGCAGUUGGGUGGACAGGAAAACAACAACAACACACACACACACCCCAUCGGUGAAGUUGCUGCCUUUUGAGCUGUACCUGGGUGGCCAGCAGCCUGGAUCCAGAGAGAGAGAGAGAGAGAGAGAGAGAGGAGUGUUGGGUGCAAGGACGGGCGGCCAGCCUCUCCCCAGCAGCGCCAUGAUGUUUGUGUGGGCCAGACCGGGCCACGAGCCAAACGGAGCAUGACGGCCACCGCCCUUCGGCCAGGAUCCGGCGCCCUCCUGCGACACACGGGUCACCCUUUUGCACUGACCACGUGUGUGAGGGGGUUUGUUUUUCCUCUCCAAUUCUUUGCCCCGAAUUUGGGGGGGGGGAUUACAGGAGGAGGACUUCUGUCAGGUGCCCCCCAGCAUCCUGAGGAGGGAAGGUCCUUUUCUGUCACUUUUCUUUUUGGAAGGCGUCGUAGGUUUGUCUUUUCAAGUGUUUACAAAACAAAACAGCCAUCUUGUGUUGACUGAUGUGUGUGCCUGGUGAUGUUUACAAGACUGCCAUCCGCUUGGCUUCCCAGCACUCCAUGAGGCUGGAGGACCCCGAGACCUUUCUCCUGGCCCCCUCCCCUUCCACAUCUGGCCCCGGGGACAAUCCCCACCUCAUUGCCAAAAGACACCCACCCCACCCCGCCCCACCCUUUCCUUCCUCCUAGUCUGGGUUUGGACUCCCCACACUGGGGCGGCUUCGGAGGCGUUUGGAAGGGCUUCUUGCCGCCAUUCACAAGUGUCCUGCUACGAUGCCUGGAACUUUCUCAGCCCUGCGUGGAAAAUCAACAGCGGUUUUUCUUAAAAAAACACACACACAUACACACACACACACACGUAUCUUUGAGCACGAAGUGGCGGCCGUCUCAGCUAUGGGGAAAUGCCCCAGCAGGUAGCUUUCAUCCAGCUGGAAAGGUUAUCUGUAUUUAUAUAGUGAAACAAAGAACUUCAAAAAAAAAUUAGAGGGGGUGGGGUGGGGGAAAUACAUUAAACACUUGGGAAGGGAAGCUUCCCCUAUUAGUCAAGGUGUUUUGAUAUGGUAUUAAAUAAUGUUCAAUAAAAUAGUCACUGUUAUUUUA